CCCCCACCCACCCAAAUAUGGAGCGUUGGUCUGGUAAGGUAGCAUUAGUAACAGGGGCUAGCUCUGGUAUUGGAGCAGGGAUUGCUGCAUCACUGGUAAAGAGUGGUAUGAUAGUAUUAGGAGCAGCAAGAGAUGUGGAGAGGAUAAAGAAAUUAUCAGAUAGUCUAGGUACAACUGCUAGUGGUGGUAAACUGGUUGGUAUGAAAUGUGAUGUUACUAAUGAAGAUGAUAUCAAGAGCAUAUUUAGUUAUGCUAAAGAUCAGUUUGGUGGCAUUGAUGUGUGUGUCAAUAAUGCCGGAUUGGGCCAUGACGCUCCUUUAUUAACUGGUGAUACUAAAGACUGGAGGAACAUGCUUGAUGUAAAUGUAUUAGCUCCUUGUAUCAUAACAAGAGAAUUCAUGAAUCAAGUGAAGGAGAGAGGAGUAGAUGAUGCUCAUAUCAUAUUCAUUAACAGUACCAUGGGCCAUGUUGUGUCAGCACAAGACUCCAUUCACUUUUAUUGUGCAACAAAAUAUGCCGUGACUGCUCUUGCUGAAGGUGUUCGACAGGAACUCAGAGAAAUGAAAUCAAACUGCCGUGCCACUUCUAUUUCACCAGGAGAAGUAAAAACAGAAUUUAUGGGUAGAUUUCUUAAAGCUGAUGAUAUGGAGAAAGCCAUAGAAUCUGUUGAUGAUCUAGUGCCUAAUGGUCCUGCUCUUACUGCAGAUGAUAUUGCCAGUACUGUUGUAUUUGUUCUUAGUGCUCCGCCAAGAAUGGAGGUCAAUGAAAUUGUUGUUAGACCAACUGGCCAGGUUGAGCAAUAAAAACAGCUGUUAGUAGACUACUCAUUUAUAUGAACAAAAAUGUUAAUAACUUUAAUGUUGUUGAAAAUUAUGAUGUCAGAUGUUAAUGCUCUAAUCUACAUGAAUAGAGCACGUAGCCUACUUUAAUUAGAUUUUUUUGUUUUGCUUUUUUUCAUUUCCAUUAAUUAUUCAUUGACGAAUGA